AUGACUUGGAUUAGAGAUAAAAUCAACCAGCAUCGAGCCAAGAAGGAGAUGAAGAAGGAAGCCAAGCAAAAGACUUUGGUAUCCAACUUUGAUGAAACCUAUUCUUCCAAUGCCCCGUCGUCGAAGAAAUCAAAGACCACUUCAUUGUCCAGUAGCUCUGCACCAAGCGUUGUUCCAUUAUAUGCAGUUGGUGCACUUGGUGGUGGUGGUACUACAGAUUGUGGAAGUAACAACAGUCACCAUCACAGCUCAUCUCAUUGCGAUACCAGUUCCAGUGGCUACAGUGGACAUCAUGGCGGUGGAUACUCUAGCUACUCCGGUGGUGACUAUGGAGGUGGUGGCUAUGGAGGUGGUGACUGUGGAGGUGGUGGUGACUGUGGAGGUGGUGGAGGUUGUUGUUAA